AUGGGAAGUGAAAAAGACUUAACCGAAGAACAAAAGGGAGCUAUUGUAUAUGGUUACCGUAAGAACGACUCGUACCGCACUAUUGCAGCUAACGUAGGCUGUAGAAAGUCUGUUGUGGGUAAUGUUAUUCGUAGAUUUUGCGAAUCAGGAACCGUUAAAUCGCAAGCUGUUCGGACGGGACGACCACCGCUUCUUACUGUUUCCGAUCGUUCUGUCCUCAAGACUCUUGUUACUAGUGAAAAUCGCCGUCUAAACCUCGCCCAAAUCACCACUACUCUUGCUGCUCAAACAAAACGUAAUGUAUCGAGAAAGACUGUUCGCCGUGCGUUACAUAAAGAAGAUCUGUGGUCCCGUGUGGCACGUCCCAAGCCACUCAUUUCCACUGUUAAUGCUGCGAGGCGACUUGCCUGGUGUCUCGCACAUAAAGACUGGACAGCUCGACAUUUUCGUCGUGUUUUGUG